GGCGGAAAAUGGAGGAUUCAGCUUCGCUAGCGGCGGCGCCGCCAAAGGCAGGAACGGGUUACCGAUGAUUAACACGGAGAAGAAGAAGGCUGAGGAAAUAUGCCACGACGACAGCUCCCUGCCGGUCAAGGCUCAGACGCUAGACGAGCUGCACUCCCUACAGAAGAAGAAAUCCGCCCCCUCCACCCCCAUCAAGGCGGCGCACGCCGAGGACGACCGCCACAAACAGCAGCUCCAGUCCAUCAGUGCAUCUUUGGCGUCGCUGACGCGGGAGACCGGGCCGAAUGUGGUGAAAGGGGAUCCGGCGAUGACUACGGCGGAGACGCCGCGUCUGUCGGCGGCGAGCCACCACUUUGCGGCGCCCAAUCUGAACAUGAGUGACAGCGCCCUCAAGUUUACUCACAUCCUCUACAAUCUCUCCCCCGCUGAGCUGUACGAGCAAGCAAUAAAGUACGAGAAGGGGUCUUUCAUCACAGCCAGCGGUGCAUUAGCCACCCUGUCGGGGGCCAAAACCGGCCGCUCGCCGAGAGAUAAGCGUGUUGUCAAAGACGAAACCACCGCCGAUGAUCUUUGGUGGGGAAAAGGUUCACCGAACAUCGAAAUGGACGAGCACACUUUCAUGGUCAACAGAGAACGAGCCGUCGAUUACUUAUGCUCGUUGGAAAAGGUUUUCGUAAACGAUCAGUUCCUUAACUGGGACCCGGAGAAUCGCAUCAAAGUUCGUAUCGUCUCCGCCAGAGCCUAUCACUCUCUGUUUAUGCACAACAUGUGUAUUCGACCGAGUCCAGAAGAGCUGGAGAACUUCGGUGAACCGGAUUUCACGAUAUACAACGCGGGACAAUUUCCAUGCAACCGUUACACGCACUACAUGACAUCAUCGACUAGCAUAGACCUAAAUCUCGCGAGACGAGAAAUGGUGAUUCUCGGCACCCAAUAUGCGGGAGAAAUGAAGAAGGGUCUUUUCAGUGUAAUGCAUUAUCUCAUGCCUAAGAGACAAAUACUCUCGUUGCACUCCGGUUCGAAUAUGGGUAAAGAUGGUGAUGUAGCCCUCUUCUUCGGUUUAUCGGGUACUGGUAAAACGACUUUGUCGACGGAUAAUAAUAGGUAUUUGAUAGGAGACGAUGAGCAUUGCUGGAGUGAGAACGGUGUGUCGAAUAUCGAAGGUGGUUGUUAUGCAAAGUGCAUUGACUUGUCUAGGGAGAAGGAGCCUGAUAUUUGGAAUGCUAUAAAAUUCGGCGCUGUUGUCGAAAAUGUGGUGUUCGAUGAACACACGCGAGAUGUGGAUUACUCUGAUAAAUCUGUGACAGAGAACACUAGGGCUGCGUAUCCGAUAGAGUUUAUUCCGAACGCAAAGAUACCGUGUGUGGGCCCUCAUCCGAAAAACGUAAUUCUAUUGGCAUGUGAUGCAUUUGGUGUGCUCCCCCCUGUCAGCAAACUCAGCUUGCCUCAAACCAUGUAUCACUUUAUAAGCGGCUACACUGCUCUGGUAGCUGGAACAGAGGACGGUAUAAAGGAGCCAACAGCAACAUUUUCUGCUUGCUUCGGUGCAGCGUUUAUAAUGCUUCAUCCGACCAAGUAUGCCGCCAUGCUGGCAGAUAAAAUGCAAAAACACGGAGCCACUGGUUGGCUCGUAAACACUGGCUGGUCUGGUGGGAGCUAUGGAUCAGGAAGUAGAAUCAAGUUAGCUUACACUAGGAAAAUAAUAGAUGCAAUACACUCAGGGGAACUGGUGAAAGCGAACUACACGAAGACGGAAGUAUUCGGGCUUGAGAUUCCGACUGAAAUUGAGGGGGUGCCUUCGGAAAUUUUGGAUCCUGCUAAUACAUGGUCUGAGAAGGAGGCACACAAGGAAACUCUUGUGAAGUUGGGAGGUCUUUUCAAGAAGAAUUUUGAAGGGUUUUUGAACUACAAGAUUGGAGCAGACAACAAGCUCACUGAGGAGAUCUUAGCUGCUGGACCAAAUUUCUAACUUUUCAUGGAAACUAUAUAUACAAUAUACAUAUAUAUACAUACAUGAGAGAGUAUUUUAAGCAUGUCAGUGUGCAGUUGGAUUUUUUUUAUUUUUUAUUUUUUUAUAUAAUUUAUAUAUAUGUAUUAAAUUUAUAAUACAUCGCCACGAACAAGGUAUCAAAGUGUUGUUUUCUUGUAUCAUCUCUCUUAUUUUGUUCAGUUUGGUAUCCUAAAUGUAACUGAAUACGGAUACCAUUUUACGAUGAAUAUAUUUGUUCCUUUGCUAAA